GUCGCGCGAGAUGGACGCACGCGCGCUCGCUCUGGCUGCCGUAGCGUUUACGAUCGUGAAUGCUCAUGUGUCCACCAACAUCCUCCGCAUCCAACUCUGGGAUGAGGAGGGUCUGACUCGGGAGUACAUUACCACGGAGCCCCCGAGACAUAGAAGUAAGGUGGACCUGGCUACGCUGGAUGCAGCUAUGAUGCGUGAUGAGUACGAGCAUGGGACGAGGCUCGCGAGGCACAAAGUGAGGCACAAGCGACGACGACCGAGGCAGAGCGAUGAUCUUCCUUGGAGGUUCCACUCCGGUGCUUCGAGGAACGUGGCGGUCUUCGACGAGGAUAUGCCCUGGGAGGAGAUAGAGGGGAGGUUGGGUGCCAGUGUUAGUGACAGUGACAGUUCAGUGAGGGAGGUCGCGCCACCCAUGACCCUGAGGCAGGAUGAUGAGGAGGAAGAAGUCAAGAAGCAACUGCCAGUGGUUCCCAAGUGUUGUGCGAGCGGUCAGAACCUGACAGUAACUUAUGAGGACGGAAAGGUCAAGUCAGUCUGUACGCGGUCCACUCUCACCUUCCAACCCAUCUUCCACAAGGCGAACGAGACGCAUAUCUUCAGUUAUGACAGUAACGUCUUCGAGACUAUUGUUGGGAACCCCUGCCCGUAUGAGAAGUACAAACUGGAACCUGACAUAGUAAGCGAGGAUGAGUUCUACCUUCUCUUCAACGGGUCUCUCUUCGCGCCAUUCAAGCAUCCACACCUACUGGGCGUCAAGGAUUACUGCAUGGAGACCUUCUGGAAUGAGUCCAUUCCAGCUGGAGUGACUCUCCCUCUGGUCUGCUUCCAGUCUCCCCUGCAAGAGACGAAAUCGUCUAUGACGCUCAUAGCGUAUGCUACAGGAUUAAUGAUAUCAGUACCAUUUCUCCUGGCCACGGCUGUUGUAUAUUUAUGUAUAACGGAACUCCGGGACACCCAUGGCAAGGCUCUGGCAUGCCAUUCCAUAUUCCUGGCAGUGGCAUUCAUCUGUCUGGCAGCUACGCAGCUGGCAGGCCACGCCUUCCCCGCUGCUGUGUGUACUACUAUGGCGUAUCUCAUCCAGUUCUCGUUCGUGUCGUGCUUCUUCUGGCUCAACGUCAUGUGCUUCGACACCUACCUCAACGUCAGACGCUACAUAGACAGGUCGGUGACAGUGCGCAGUAUGAGGCGGAGGUUCGCGUGGUACUGUGCGUAUGCGAUAGUAUUACCUGUCGUGCUGCUGAUAGUGACCAUCGUGAUGGACCUCUCCCCGGCCGUGCCCAGUACCUACCUCAAACCGAACUUCGGGGUCAAGGGAUGCUGGUUUAAAACUGACCAAGCAGCGUUGCCGUAUUUCUACGGGCCUGUGGCGAUCAUUUUGGUCAGCAACCUCAUAAUAUUCUUCAUGACAGCGAGAGCGUUCGCCGCACACGACAAGCUGUUAGAUAUUUCACCUCUUGAAAUACAGCACUCAAAUUCAACUCUACGAGAAGAUUUGGUACAGCUAGAAAAUGUUCUUGGCACUCCUGUACCAGAGAGAUCAUCACAGAGGGAUUCCAAUAACAGGCUAACUUUCGGUGGAGCCAGGAUAUCAAGUGGAGGUUAUGACAAGCUAAAAGUAUCACCUCUAUACCUCAACCGGUCAGGCUAUAGCGCGACGGAGGGUCUGGUGCAGCUGGAGAAUGUACCGGAGACGCCAGCCGAGCGACCAACCACAUUACCCCUCUCCAGCAACAUCAGUGCGAGAUUCAAGAAGUAUAAAAAAGUUUUCCGCACAUGCUGCCUGCUGUCCGUCAUCAUGGGUAUAUCGUGGGUGCUGGAGGUGGUCUCGUGGGCGGCUGGCGCGGACGCCGAGGCGGUGUCCGUCUGGUCGGUGUUCGACCUCAUCAACGCGCUACAGGGUGUUCUCAUAUUCGCGAUAUACGUGAUGCAGCAGCCCGUGCGGUCGUAUGUUAAGAUUUCAAGGCUCUGCAAAGAUUGCAGACGAAAAGGUAGUUCAGAGGUGUCAGUGGUGAGUUACACGAACACUUUAGACAGUGGAAGAGGCCGCAGAGCCUAUGUGUAGUGUGCUCGGACCCUAACAUUGAAAUCGAAGCUUGAGACUGAACUUGUAGCAGUAUUACUCAUGAAUUGGACAAUUUUAACACACCAUGUACUGAACAAUUAAAAAGAACUAGAAUUAAGUCUAAAUAAUACCUACUGGGGGCCUAUUAUGAACUCUUAAAUCCAUUCACUUUACGUCCUUAUACUGACUGUAUAAGGACGUAAACUAUGUACUGAAUAACACAGCCAUUUCGUAGCGUUUUUGUCUUUCAAAACAUUGAUUAAUUGUUUUAAAUUCAUCUUUUGUAUUUUGAUAAGUUUAAGCUAAUAAAUAGUAUUAUUUUAAAACGUAAGA